UAUUAUUAUUAUUAUAAGCAGAGUGAUAGUGUGAGGUGUGAUGUUAUGGGGAUGUGUGGGAGGGAAUUACCAUGGUAGAAUGGAGGAGCUGCCAGGGGCGUUUGGCAGCAGCGCCAGCUUUGCUCUCCGAUUGGGUCAAACCGUAUUCUCUACCGCGUCUCUUCUCUUCAUGUGUUUGGACGUCGAUUUCUACGGCUACACCGCUUUUUGCUAUUUGGUAACAGUCAUGGGUUUGGUAAUUCCCUGGAGCAUAACACUGUUGGUUGUAGAUGCGUACUCUGUGUUCAUAAAGUGUCUACCGCUUCAACGAAAACUUGUAAUGAUAAUCUUUUUGGGAGACAUGGUUUUGUCAUAUCUAUCACUUGCUGCAGCAUGUUCAACAGCCAGUGUCACAGAUCUCUUGCUCGAUGCCGAUAGAUCCUAUUGCCCAGCAAAGUUAUGUGGUAGAUAUCAAUUAUCUGCUGCCAUGGCAUUCUUGUCUUGGUUUCUUUCAUCAGCAUCUUGUCUGUUUAAUUUUUGGCUUUUCCCUUCUUUGUAAGUAUAUCUUGCUUGCUGUUGAUGUGUAUACGAAUGUAAAGGCUGCAAAUGACGAAGUCAUUUGCUCUUGUGCAGAUAUUUUUUUGUUUCUAACGGAAUAAAGUUAUCAUGAUUAUGUAAUAAUUACUCUUUAGCAAGGAAAAAUACCGAAAUUCC